AUGUCGGAGGGCUGCACGAGCUGCAGGGGUGCGAACUAUGCAGGCACCACGCUGCAGCUAAGCUCGGCUUCCGGUGGCGGGGCCGGAAGCGGGUCCUCCGGGUCUGGGAGCUCUUGCACCACCACCAGAAGAGUUCAGGUACGCGCGAAAGUGUUGUACGGAUCUGGCAAGGCGAUCGCGAGCUUGCAAGCACAGGAGAAAGCUGCCAGGGUCCUCGCUCUUCUCUCCUCGGCUCCAUCGAAGGCAGCUACGAACCAUGAGACACGCGAAUCAGGGUACACAGAAGCAUCCUCAAACACGACGAUCCAAUUAACGAACGAUUCUAGUAAUGACAAAGGCUUGGAUGUAGACCACGGUGUCUCAGAACCGAUAGAAACUUUAUUUAUUCCGGAGGAUCCGAGUGAGUACGAGCAGAUUCUGCAUUACGUGCGGAGAAUAUUCGAGCGAGUGGAGCAAUCGAUUAGCCCGUUCGAUCGGGAGAUUCCAAAGAAUCUAGAAGGAAAUGUAGCCGGCGAUAGGACCGACGAGGAUCGAUUUUCGAAGCUGGAAGACCUUCGGGAGAGGAAUUCGAGGCCGUCAGAGAGGGAAGAGGACGAGGAAAAAUAUUUGCAGAGAAAUCCCGAGGGAGGAGUUUCUCCGAGGACAACCGUGGAGAAUAAUAGAAAGGACGAGGUAACUCCGAUGGAAAGAAAUAACUAUGACGUUCACUAUAAUGGGAAAAGCGACCCCGAUGAGGAGGACUUAUUGGAAGUGGCUAAUUUCGGGUUAGAUGCCAUGAAGGACUUGUACACUGUUAAGGAGCCGAUGCUUUACUCCAUGGGUCUUUAUCUCGAUUCCGACAACCCUGCGAGGCACGUGGCAAUUUUCAACGACCAGACAGAAGAGGCAAGAACUCUAGCCAAGUACGGGUUCGCCGUUCUUCAGAGCACCGCGAUGUUCAGAAGAAAGUUCCCAAAUAUCCCGACAGACUCGCUCCUCUCUCGUCGGAGUCAAAGCAAUCCACUUCAACGUAGUUGCCCAAACAGAGGAGUUCCCAACUGUCCAGCGGCUAGUUUGAGAUACAGAACCUCCGAUGGAAGCUGCAAUAACCUGCAGAAUCUAUGGUGGGGCUCUGCCAUGUCUCCUAUGCAAAGGUUCUUGCUUCCGGUCUACGAUGAUGGAAUUCAAAGCGCGAGGAAAUCGGUAACCGGUAGACCACUACCCAGUGCGAGACAAGUGACCACGGUGAUCCACGAGGACAGAGAUGUUCCUCUUGAAUCUGUUACGCAUAUGCUAAUGCAAUGGGGGCAGUUUGUCGACCACGAUUUGACAGCUACUGGACAAAGUAGAGGAUUUAAUGGCAGUAUACCGCAAUGUUGCCUGAAGUUUGGCUCUGGUUUUCAACCACCGGAGUUCAUGCAUCCCGAGUGUCUACCUAUAUCAGUAACUUCGCAAGACAGUUUCUUCGGUCCUCUGGGAGUUAGAUGUCUAGAAUUUGUUCGAAGUGGUCCAGCACCGAAAGAAAACUGCGAAUUCGGCCCCAGGGAACAAUUAUCGCAAGUGACAAGUUAUCUGGAUGCUUCACCGGUAUAUAGCAGCAACGCUUUUCAAACAGACAGUCUACGAUUAUUCCGAAACGGUCUACUGCAGUAUGGAAGGAUUCAGUCACAGAGACCAGUACUACCGAAACUGCAUUCCGAUCUCUGCAGACAUGGAUCGUUAUCCACGAGCUGCUUUAGAGCUGGCGAUGGCCGACUUGGGGAGCAACCUGCACUCACUUCUCUUCACGUGGUUUUUUUGAGGCUUCACAAUAGGGUAGCUACGAAACUUGCUGCGUUGAAUGCUCAUUGGAGUGACGAGAAACUAUUUCAAGAAUCACGGAGGAUCGUUGGAGCUAUUGUCCAACACAUCACCUACAGAGAGUUCCUGCCUAUUGUUCUUGGUCAAGACGUGAUGAAAAUAUUCGACCUCGAACUUCUGAAGAAAGGCUACUACGAAGGCUACGAUCCAACUGUGAAUCCAACUAUCGCCAACGCAUUUUCUACGGCUGCCUAUCGCUUUGGGCAUUCCCUAGUUCAACACAGCUUUAUUCGGUUCGACAGUGAUCACCAACCUAUCUUCAAUAAUGUCUCCAUCCAUAAUGAGUUCACUAAUCCUGUAAACUUAGAAACAGCAGGAUCGGUAGAUCGUCUCCUUCUUGGCCUAAUUAAUCAGCGUGCCCAAAGAAGAGACGAGCAUAUAACCGAAGAGCUAACCAACCACCUUUUCCAAACUCCGAACUUUCCUUUCGGAAUGGAUCUAGCCUCUAUCAACAUUCAACGAGGCAGAGAUCACGGAAUUCCUCCAUACGUCCAAUGGCGAGAACCUUGUGCUUUAUCUCGCAUAAGAGACUUUGAUGAUUUGGAUAAAGUAAUGCCACCAUCCACGGCCAGGAGGUUUCGAUUAGUUUAUUCAUCAGUAGAGGAUAUUGAUUUAUUCACUGCUGGGCUGGCAGAAAAAUCAGUGAAGGGUGGUUUGGUUGGUCCCACUUUUGCUUGUAUAAUUGGCCAACAAUUCAGUAAUAGUCGCCGAGGGGACAGAUUCUGGUACGAAAAUUCUGGACAAGAAAGCACCUUUACACCUGGUCAACUUCAGCAAAUUAGACGAGUUACUUUGGCUCAAGUUCUCUGCGCAACGAUGGAUAACAUCGAAACUCUUCAACCAUUCGUCUUUUUGACACAGGAUACCAUGAAGAAUCAACGAUUAUCUUGCAACGACCCGGCUAUUGGUCAGUUGAAUUUAGACUUCUGGGCAGAGAGACCACCACGUUUCAAAGGACUUGGGAUCUUAGAUAAAAUAAAGCAGAAAAUUACUUCAUCUAGCGUGAGCACUCCAAAGCCUACUUCGUCUUCUGAAAGCCCUAAGGAGAAACGAAUAAACGUGCCUCUUAAUUUAAAUCCUCCAAAAGUAAGUAUCCAUCAGCAAAACAGGAUCGUUGUGAAGAAACCUCUUGGUCCUUCGGAUAACGUUACCAUAGUUGUACAAAAUAAUGCCAUUAACUCUCCAGUUUUCGUAAACGAUGCCAUUUAUGGGUCCAGCAUCAAAAUAAAUCCUUCACUGAACCAACAAACACGGGCGAAGCCAGCCCUUCAAGAAUCGUUACGGAUCCCAAUCUAUUCGCCACAAACAAAACCCAUAUCAACGACACAUUCACCGGUAAACUAUAUCGGUCGUCCUUAUAUUCCUUAUACAUUCGACGAUCCAAAUAAUCCAAAUCCCUUAAGUCAAGGAUUCCAACCAGGUUACAUACCUAACGAUGUGGUCUUCGAGAGUUUCCCCGGAACCAGUCCCAGGCCGACUUUGUAUACCUACUACACCAAUUUUCAAAAACCAACUACGCAGCAACCUGCUCAGAAUGUGGAUGAUUAUACGAUAAAUUACAAACCACAGGACCAUGGAACUAGACCAACUUCCUGGCCUGAAUCACAGUAUCAUAAUCGUCCACCGUCUAGACCUCCUUACAGCUCAUCAGAGCAGUUGCAUGAGAAUCAAGGGUACGGGACAAAUAUUUGGCAGAAAUUACAAUAUCGACCACCAAGUUUGGUUAAUCAACCGAGUAAUGCUGGUUAUGGAAUCUCGCAAGAUUAUACAAACAGACCUACCAGUCCAUUGCCUCAACAGGGUUAUUUAAAGGAAUCCGAAGACAGAUACACCACUUGGCCCAGCGUUUCUUUCGAUAAGAAGACAGGAAACAAUGCGAAUAAUCAGCAAUAUUCGAGUAGACCUCCUUAUCAGGCGGGACUUAAUAAGAAACCUAUCCAAGCUAGCUCCAAUGAUUGGUUCACUAAUUACGGUGCAAGUUAUCAAACCGAACUUCCUGGUAAACUUACUGUAAGCGAAACUGAGAAAGAAGGCACUGUUAAUCCCAACAGUGUUUAUGUGAGCUCCUCUGCAAGACCUACUCCAAUAUAUGACGAAUCCAAUAAAGAUACAAGCGGAUUUUAUAGCACGAGCGAUUACAAUAUCGCGCUUCACUCGACUCCUAUUUACAAGCCUGCACAGAACGAUUAUCAGUCUAGUUACAUACCUGAAAAUUCUUAUCACACUCUCGCACAAUCUAAGCCAUCGAAGAUACACAGUGUAACAAUUGUCACGGAGCCUUCGGAAACGAUGAGUCAAACCGGACACGAUAUCGACAAACUUGAGAACCGAGUUACCAGCGAAAUUCCCAAACCAUUGGCUGUUCAGGCCGGCAACAGUAGAGUGAGGAAACCUGGUCAGUAUUACUACGAAAAGAACGUGUUGCAUCGAUAUCCAGAUAAGCCAGACGAUCAGAAAGGGGCGUAUAAUGUCGAACAGAGACAUAAGACAUCUACUGACGAGGUAUUGAUCGACGAAACCCUUAUCGACACUUCCAUGAGGAAUCAACAGCUUAUCGAAUCAAGAAAUCAGAACAGUACAAACAAGGAAACAAUGAAUGAAACGAGAAAUGAGUUGUCUGAUACUAUAACAGGCGAUGAUAUGGAUCAAAGCUUCGAUGAAGCUUUCUCCAGAGAAAUUGAAGGUGUUGCGUCGGGCUACAGAACAAGUCACUGGCUGAAUCCACAGGAAGACUCGAGCUUGCCGUCAGCUAUGGAGAUGCCAAAAAUCCCAUCGGACAAAUCCACCGCCGCCAAGGAAUUGCCUAAGCCUAUGAAGCUGAGAAAUUACGCUACCUAAAGUCCCCCUACGUAUAAUCCCAUUCCUCGGUAGCAUUCUUAAUUCUUAAUUCCAA